AUGGCGGCGCUGAGGGCCACCUGCGCACGGUCCCUCCGGGUCGGGGCCUGCCGCCCGCGGUCCGCAGCCUGCUGCUCGGCCGCCGCCAUGGAGCCCGAGGCGCGCUGGCUGGCCGGGCUGCGCUUCGACAACCGCGCCCUGCGCGAGCUGCCGGUGGAGACGCCGCCGCCCGGGCCCGAGGACGCCGCGUCCACGCCGCGCGCCGUGCCCGGGGCCUGCUUCGCCCGCGUGCGGCCCGCGCCGCUGCUGCGGCCGCGCGUCGUGGCGCUGUCGGAGCCCGCGCUGGCGCUGCUGGGCCUGGGCGCGCCGCCCGCCGAGGCCGAGGCCGAGGCCGCGCGCUUCCUCAGCGGCAACGCGCUGCUGCCGGGCUCCGAGCCCGCCGCGCACUGCUACUGCGGCCACCAGUUCGGCCAGUUCGCCGGGCAGCUGGGCGACGGCGCCGCCAUGUACCUGGGCGAGGUGUGCACCGCGGCCGGCGAGCGCUGGGAGCUGCAGCUCAAGGGCGCCGGGCCCACGCCCUUUUCCAGACAGGCUGACGGGCGCAAGGUGCUGCGAUCAAGCAUCCGUGAGUUCCUGUGCAGCGAGGCUAUGUUCCACCUGGGCAUCCCCACCACGCGGGCUGGGUCCUGCGUCACGUCUGAGUCCACUGUGGAGCGUGACAUGUUCUACGACGGGAACCCCAAGCACGAGGCCUGUGCUGUCAUCCUGCGUGUGGCCCCCACAUUCAUGAGGUUCGGGUCCUUUGAGAUUUUUAAGUGCGCAGACGAGCUCACGGGGCGUGCGGGCCCCAGUGUGGGGAGAAAUGACCUCCGGGUGCAGAUGCUCAACUACGUGAUUGGCUCGUUUUACCCCGAGGUGCAGGCUGCCCACACCGACCCCGUGCACAGGAACGCGGCUUUCUUCCGGGAGGUGACCAGGCGCACGGCCCGGCUAGUGGCCGAGUGGCAGUGUGUCGGCUUCUGCCAUGGCGUGCUCAACACGGAUAACAUGAGCAUUGUGGGGCUGACCAUCGACUAUGGGCCCUUUGGCUUCCUGGACAGGUACGACCCCGAACAUGUGUGCAACGCCUCUGAUACGGCCGGGUACUACGCCUACAGCAGGCAGCCCGAGGUAUGCAAGUGGAACCUACAGAAGCUGGCCGAGGCACUUGAGCCCGAGUUGCCCCGCGAGCUGGGGCAGGCCGUCCUGGCCGAGGAGUUCGACACCGAGUUCCAGAAGCAUUACCUGUACAAGAUGCGCAGGAAGCUGGGGCUCGUGGGGGCUGAGCGGGAGGAGGACACAGCCCUGGUGGCCACGCUCCUGGAAACCAUGCACCUGACUGGGGCCGACUUCACCAACACCUUCCGGGAGCUGAGCUCCUGCCCCGUAGAGCCAGAGUCGCCGCGCCUGCCCGCAUUCCUGGCCACGCUGACCGCACAGUGCGCCUCGCUGGAGGAACUGAAGCUGGCGUGCCGACCUCGCAUGGACCCCCGGCAUCUCUCAGUGAUGCUGACGUUGGCGCAGUCGAACCCCCAGCUGGUGGCACUGCUUGGUGGCCAGGCCAGUGUCACACGUGAGCUGGAGCGCAUGGAGCAGCGGGCCCGGCUGGAGCAGCUAAGUCCAGCAGACCUGCAGGCCAGCAACAGCCGCCGCUGGGCCGACUGGCUGCAUGUGUACAGAGCCCGGCUGCAGCAGGACGCUGCAGGUGCAGGUGACACUGCCACCUGGCAGGCCGAGCGCCUGCGCACGAUGCAGUGCAGCAACCCCCGCUACGUGCUGCGGAACUACAUGGCGCAAAACGCCAUCGAGGCUGCUGAGAAGGGCGACUUCUCCGAGGUGCGGCGUCUGCUGAAGCUGCUGGAGGCCCCCUACGGUGAGGGUGAAGCAGAGGAGUCAGCAGGCUCGGAGCACCGUGACAGUGCCAAGCCUCCGCUGUGGGCGGCCGAGCUGUGCGUGUCGUGUUCCUCAUAGUGCCCUCCCCUGCCUGGCGCUGCUGUGCCCAGCCCCGAGUAAACCCGCAGCUC